AGGGAAGAAACGCACUUUAUAAACAAUUGGAGUUAUAAUAAAAGCAUUAAAGCCAUAGAAAAUUUAUUUAAACAUUAAACCACUCGGAUCUUUAAAAAAUUACGUUGAAAAAAUAUUAAAUAAAUAAAAAAUACAAGCUUAAAAACAAUUCUUAAAAAAAAAUUUGGUACCUAAUAUUAUUUAAAUUAUAAAUUAUUUAAAAUAAGUUUUUUUUUUAAUGUUAUACUUAAUUAAUAUAAUUUUUUACUUUUAAUAACUAAAGUUAUUCUCUUGACUUUUGAGUUUAUGAAAUCAAAGUUUGUGUAGUAUUUUUGCAUCAAUUCUGUGUUAAUUGGCAUUUCAACUCUAAUUGUAUUGCGAUGAACAUAAAAAGUCCAAACGGAGAAUUUGACGGAUCUGUAGCAUUGAUAACAGGAGGUGGUCAAGGACUUGGUUUAGCGAUUGCCGACGAACUAAUAAAAAACGGUGCAUAUGUGUCACUAUUAGAUAUUAACGAAGCAAUAGGAAACAAAGCGAUCAGUGAAUUAGAAAUCAAAUACAAAUUGUCUUCAAGUAGAUUACUAUUCAUAAAGUGUGAUGUUACCAAUAAAAUCGAAUUCGAAGACUCUUUUAAGAAAACUAUUGAAAAGUUUGGAAAACUAAAUAUUGUUGUUAAUAAUGCUGGUAUUAUGAGCAAGUAUAUUACUUCGUGGGAGCUAGCCAUCGAUUUAAAUUACAAAGCAGUAGUCCAUGGUACCAUACUAGGUCUCAAAUACAUUGAAAACAAAGUCGAUAGAAACUCUGCAGUAAUUAAUGUAGCAUCGAUAGUUGGACUAUCCAACACUGUCUUGCCCAUGUACCAAUCAACCAAAAGAGCCGUUAUUGAUUUCACAAAAUGUAUAGGAUGUUCGUUCAAUACAAAUGCAAACGGAAAUAACAUUAGAGUUAUGGCCAUUUGUCCCGGCCCUACGUUUGACGGAUUUGAUAACAACAUUGAUGAGAAAAACUCUUUAGAGCACGAAAUUAAGGAAUUAAUAACCAGUGGUGAAGAAACCCCAAAUCCGAAUAGAGUAAUAAUAAUACAAAGUACUGACUACUUUAAAACUGCAUUUAUUCACGUUAUGAAAAACGGCCAAAGUGGAGAUAUUUGGAUAGCUGAAAAUAAAGAGCCUGCGAGACUUGCACAUUUCUACACUCAAUAUUAAAUAUCGACUUCUAGUUGAAUUUUAAUUUUGUAACUACUAUAAGUUAUGAUAAAAUAUUUAUUAAAUUAUAUAAAGUAAAAAUUAAUUAUAUAGAACAAUUUAAUUAAGUUUAAUCACAACUAUGUUGUGUAACUUUGUCACGUUACAAAUGUUAAUAUU